AUGCCCGCAAACACCCCUGCCACGCGUCGACAAGCCCAGUCGCCUACUACCGACCCCCAGAGGCUCAAGAAGAGGGAGUCUGACCGCAAGGCCCAGCGCGUCUCGCGCGAGAGAACCAAGAGCCGUAUUGCAUAUCUCGAGGACCUUGUUCAGAAGCUGAGCAGCGGGGAUGAUCACGAUAAAACCCUGUCCUUGAUGGCUCAGCUGUCCGAGGUGACGAAGCAGCGUGACUCCCUGAUUCGCUUUCUAGAUUCUACGUCUUUGUCCUUUGCUAGGCGACUCUCUGAAGCUAAAAAGUGGGAGAAUAGGACUACAGCCGAAGAAAAAUUCCCAGAACAGCAACCAAGCGCGUCGGGUUCUGUCUACAGGGAAUCUCCGGCGUUACUGCCGGACUUGCUGGAGACAACUCCGGCCAGCAAUGAGCUUAGUCUGUUUUCACCCGACUUCAAUGGGAUCCUUCCGGGGGACACGGCUUUAGAAGGCGGUCAGGCCUAUAUGAAUGUUAAAUCUGCAACGUACAGUGCAGCACAUGAUCACCCCGUCAAUGACAAAACUUCAGCAGCGUCAUCGCCCUGCGACUGCACUUCUCCAGAGACAAGACGUCUCUCAGACGGAUCGGUAGUCAGCCGUAAUAUAUGGCAAGCGGGCAACCAGGUCUUAAAAGGGCCCCCGGGACACUUAUCAACCUCGAUGCUGGCACUGGAGGACGAGGCUAGUGAAGACGUUCCAGUGCGCGUUGUGCUCUACGGCUGGGAGCAUCUGGAGCAGUCGGGGAGAAUGACACCACUUUGGAAGAGGAUUCGACACCUCGACGAGAUUUGCUUUUCUGCUUGCGGCCAGGUUGAGCGUCUUGCCGUGAUUCACAUGGUUCACCGCUAUAUGCGCGCCUACGCUGACCCAACAUCGGCCAAUGCUAGUACCAUUCUACCGCGAUGGUACAUGAAAUCUACGUCAUCACAGGAUAUCUCUGGUCAUCCAGCUGUAGACUACUUUGCCUGGCCGUCUUUUCGGCAGCAAUUCUCACGCUACCCGCACCGAUACUGCAGUAACUUGUUUUGGCACAUGUUCAAAGAGCAUCUUCGUAUCACCUGGCCAUAUGAGUUCCGCGAUGUGUAUUCCGUCAACGUAGGGCUGGGCAGGUAUGGCCUUUCAUCAUUGUUCAGGGAUACAAUCUCCAAUCUCGGCUGUUGGACUAUGAAUUCGGAUUUCUUUUAUCAUUUCCCUGCACUUAUCCAUGACGUGCCCAAGUCCCCGCAAACCAGUUUGCCUGUCACAGUUCAUCCUUUGCCCCUUCAGACCAACUCAUUGGGUUACCUAUCUCAAAGUCGAACUCCAUCACAUCACCACGGCACUUUUAUGGUCACGGAGGGCACAGUUUCUGACCCUUGCCAGGGAGGCGAGGAUGAUCAAGGAUGGAGUUACGAUGGUGCUGCCGGAGAGUAUAACUGGGAUUUGGACAACCUUUAG